AUGUUGAACCUGAACCAACUUAGUCUACGGAGUGCCAACAGUUUGAACUCCAAAAGGUCAAAAGAGGACCAUUGGACAACUUUAAAGUACUUAUCUGCUGGUAAUUUAUCAACAGGAUCUGAUGAAUGUCUAAAUGUUGCGUUGACACAACCAGAUGUUGUUAAAGGUUAUUUAUGUCCAACUUCAGAAUUUUUACAAAGCUCUAUUGUUAAGUUUAGAAAUGAAGUAUCUAAUAGUUUAUUAUCAGAAAGGAAAUCAAAUUUUUUAGUAAUUGUUGGCCCAGAGUUUCUAGAUAGUUUUCAUCAGGCUAAAGCAUGCUCACAAUGGUUAAAUAAAAGAUCUGGAAAUUUGAUGAAUUAUACAACUAAUAAUAAUUCUAUAUCAACUCAUUCAAAUUUCAAAGAUUUACAUGAUAAAAUAAAGAAAUUAUACACUAACAAGAACCAUCUGAAAAAUUUAUCUUUGGUAAUGAAUGUUGAUUUAACUAGUAAUUAUGAAUCUGGUAAUUCUUAUAUGUCAAGAGCUGUUUUCAAUGGUGUUGUUGAUUUAAGAAUUUUAUUGAUAGAAUUAGCUGAACAAAUUCAAUUAUCUGGUGUGAUUGAUGAUCCAAUUUGUUUACAAUAUUAUAAUGAUUUAUUAGGAAUAGCAACUCUAAGGUCAGAAAAUAUUGAAUCUCAAGUUCAUAGAGAGUUUAUUAGUGGUAUUCCAUUCCCCAUAGGGUUUAAUUGUUUUAAAUCAUCAAUUUAUGGUUCAAUUUCAAAAGAGAUUCAAGAAUAUAAAAUCCAAAAGGCUAUUGAUGCGAUACAUUCAGUUGCAGAUCCACAUUACUUUUUAUCAGUUACAAACUUGGGUAACGUUGCAAUAGCAAAUUCAAUGGGGAAUAAAGAUACGUUCCUUUUGAUAAAUAUUCAACAAGAUCAAGUUAUUACCUUGGAACAUUUGAAGGUUUUAUUCGAUGCUCCAUUGAAUCAAUUAAAUAAUGUUAAGAUAAUACUUGAUUUAGGUAAAUUAAAUGAAUUAAAUUAUGAUUCUAUAUGGAACUUAUUAAAAGAUUCUUUAACAUCAGAAAUUGGUGAUUAUAUUGCUGGUGUUCAAAUAGAUUCAGGAAAGCAAUAUAUACCUCAAAGUUGGGAAUAUGAAGAAAAAAUCGAAUCAUCACCAAAUAACAAUGAAAAUCAAGUUGAAGAUGAAACUUUUGCAGUUCUUUCAGAAAAUAUCGGUAUUAAAAGAAGUUCAAUUAGAGGUAAAAUUUUCAAUACUUUUAAAAACUCUUAUAGUAAGAUAUCUUCAGCAUUUGACAAUCAACCCACAAGGACAACCUAUGGAUACGAACAUAUGAUCCUUGCAGAUAAAUUCAUCACUCAAUUAAAUGAAUUGAUGAAAUAA